UUGUUCUCAGUUUGCUUGAAUUGAAAAUAUUGUUAAUAAAAUUGGUGGCAUACCGCAUGUCCUUUUAGUUUACUGUCUACCCAUAUCACUUUUUUAAAAUGGAUUUAGAAGAUGAACUGUUUGUGGAUGAUGACCAAGAAAUGCUGGAUAUUAUCAAUUUCGGUUUUCCCCGACGAAACUAUGAAAGAAGUGAAUAUUUCGACAGCAUGGACAAUUUUUUAUUUUUUCGUCGAUUUCGCUUAACUAAACAGACUGUUUUAAACUUUUUAAAAGAAAUUGAAGAUCACAUUGAGUACAACAAUGACCUCAACAAUAGUUUAACACCAAUAAAUCAGUUGCUAACAACAUUACGAUUGUAUUCUUGUGGCAACCAUCAAACGGCAAUAUCAGAUUUUAUUGGAUGUCAUCAAACAACAGUUUCAAGGACUUUCAGGAGGGUUACAAGAGCAAUUUGCCUCACAAGGCCACAUCACAUGAGAAUGCCACAAAAUGAGCAUGAAAAGUUAAGAAUUUCAACAGACUUUUACAAUAUUUCCAGGUUUCCUAAGGGGAUUGGUUGUGUCGAUGGUACUUACAUUAGAAUUCAGUCGCCUGGAGGAGAUGAUGCCGAGGUAUUUAGGAAUAGAAAGGGAUAUUUUUCUAUUAACACCCAGGUUGUUGGGGAUUCACAGCUAAAAAUUCAAGAUAUUGUGGCAAGAUGGCCUGGUUCUGCACAUGAUUUAACUGUUUUUAAUAAUAGCAGGAUACGUGCAAGAUUUGAGGGACAAGAAUUCCAAGAUUCUGUUUUACUAGGUGAUAAUGGAUAUGCUAACCGCAAUUACCUGUUAGUACCCUUGUUAAAUCCCUCAAACCAUGCAGAGGAGUUAUACAAUGAGGCUCAUAUUAGGACACGCAAUACUAUAGAAAGAUUGUUUGGUGUUUGGAAAAGGAGGUUUCCUAUUUUGGCUUAUGGAUUGCGAUACAAGCCAGAAUUAGCCAGUGACAUAAUAGUGGCCACUGGAAUAUUGCAUAAUGUUGCAAAAGAAAACAAUGAAGAUGAACCACCUUUAGCAGAAAAUAUAAAUGCAGAUGAGCUUAAUUAUUUAAUUGAGCUUGGAAAUAUUCCUGAUGUCAUUGAAAGAAGAAACCCAGAAAGCCGCCGAUGGAAACCAGUAUUGAACUCCGAGAUAAUCCUGUAG